AUGCUAUUAAUCGUCCAUCUUGGGAUGCUGGGCGGCGUGGGUGGUCGGCACGCCACGGUGCGGCGGCGGGGCAGCUCGCCGGGAGUGCGGCGCGGCGAGUCGCCGCCGGCGUCGCCGCGGCCGCCGCGCCGCCGCCGCGCCGCGCUCGCUGCCUCCGAUCACAAGACAUGCGCCCUCAUACACACACGCCUCAAGCUGGGGGACAUCAUGUGA